AAGGGAAAAAAUAACCAUGCAGCACAUUUACCACGAAGGCAGGAGAAAUACACUGGUUUUUCUUGUGUACUUAACUUUCUUGGCUUCGAUAGCAGAAGCUUCCAUUACCCUGACAGUUCAUCCUUCCAGUGAUGUGGAGGUUAAUCAGUUGGUGACAAUACAGUGUUCCUUCUCACAAGCAGAAAUUGUUGCCUUGUUCCAUUCUACUUUAAAUCCCUCAGUAGCUUUCUGUACCCUGGAACAAUCCGGAGGAGUGUGUAAACAGGGUGAUUGUGCUAGACAAUACACUACAGCGUGUCCUAACUCUAAAACGUAUAGUGUACAGUACCCUGUCCCAUUGAGCUGGAAUGGAGAAAGUGUUUACUGUAGAGGGCUUUUUAGAGACGAAAGAAGCAAUAAUGAAACCUUCAAUAUUAUUGGUAAGUAAUUAACUUUUUACCACAAUUGAAAUGAGUGUAUUCUCUAAAUGCAAAUUUUUAAAAAUUUUGUAUUUUGCAUUUGUAUUAUGUAUUAUACUGUAAACAGUCAUGUAAUAGCUCUGGCCUAAUUUAAAAUAUCCAUUUUCUUAUUGCAAACGUAGCACUCAUAUCUGUCAGUUUAAUCAAAAAUGGAUAUUCUAGUACCCCAGUAUUUAUCCAUCUACUAAGGACAAGAAAUCACCAAAAAAUUGUAGUAAACAUUUUUAUUAAAUCA